AUGGGCUUCCAAGUCGGCUUCCAGACCGCGCUCAGUUCGACCGUGGCAGCAAUGGGAAAGCUUAUGGAUCCGUUGGUUGCUGAGAUCCGAAGUGGCUUUGCACAUUUGCAUCCCACCAACGUGCCGCGAACGCGCAAUUCUGGCUCGCAACCUUUCCCGGCUGGUAAACGCAGGCGUGUCAUUAUGGAGCCCGCGUUACCGGACGGCGUCAUAACAGUAAACAAUGAUGGCGUCGAUUCGUCUGAUGUUGUCAAACAAAUCACGAACGAUAUCACUAACUCAUCCAGCGGCCCGGCACCACCACCGCUAACGGAUGAGAUUACAGGCACUGACACUAUUCUCUCUCCGCUGCGCGCCGCUGUUCCCGAGUCUCGAACUGAUCGGAUCUGGAUACGGCUCUCGAACAUUUCCACGGCCGUUACCACCGAUGAUGUCGUUGCCUCGGUGAAGCGUCGUCUGGCUACCGAAGAUGUCGUGGCCUUUUGCCUGCUGAAAAAAGGGGCCAGAGUGGACAGUAUGAGCUGGCUGUCCUUCAAAGUGAGAGUCCCUGCGAGCCUCCGGGACAAGGCUCUCACUCCCUCGACCUGGCCCGCCGACGUUGGUGUCCGGGAGUUCAUCCAGUCGAUGAGAUCCCGCUAUCGCGAUAGCCCACGGGCUCGAUCGCAUGAUCAUGAACCCCACCACUCGUCGUCACCGUUUACCACUGAACGUCGUCGUUCAUCACUUGAGCCACCAUCCAUCACGAACACUCCAACACACAUUUCUGUUCAAUUCAGCAACGGCACCAUGAACGAUACAUCCGAGGCUCCAAAUGUGACGCUUGUUGAAGGCCCAUCGCAGAUCAGAAACACUGUGAUGCGUAAUGAUGCGAUGAGAAAGUUGCAUCAGACUUCUCUGGACAACUUUUUUCUGUAG